AUCAGAUGUUCAGUUUGUUUACAUCCAAAGUUGUCAUAUAUGCGGUUUUGCGGUGUGGCAAAUUUCUUUAUUUACAAAAACAUUAAUUAGAUUAGUGUAGAUAAUUCAAAAAAAUAUAUUUAUAAACCGUACAAUGUUUAAAAAUUACUGUUAUUGGAAGAUAGGAGUAAUAUUUACAUAUCUUAUCGUUACACAUGGCACUUUAGAAACUCAAGGUGUUAGGUUUUAUUCAAAGGAGCGCGUAUUGGAACUAAGAGAAAAGGUACGUGGGAUGUUCCAGCAUGCUUAUGAUGGCUAUUUGCAGUAUGCUGCUGACUACGAUGAACUACGACCUUUAACUUGUGACGGUGUUGACACUUGGGGUAGCUAUUCACUAACUCUAAUCGAUGCACUGGAUACACUCGCAACAAUGGGAAAUUUCACAGAGUUUCGGCGUGUUGUUAAAAUUUUGGAAACUAUGGACUUUGAUAAAGACAUAAAUGUUUCAGUUUUCGAAACAAACAUACGAAUUGUGGGCGGAUUGCUCUCAGCACACAUAUUAUCUAAACGUGCUGGUGCGCCGUUGGAAGAAGGUUGGCCCUGUCAAGGGCCCCUACUACGUCUGGCAGAGGAUGUGGCGCGUCGAUUGUUGCCCGCAUUCGACACUGCUACCGGUAUGCCUUACGGAACUGUAAACUUGCGUUACGGCGUGCCGAAAGGCGAGACUUCAGUUACGUGUACAGCUGGUGUUGGUACAUUUCUUAUUGAAUUCGGUGCAUUGAGCCGACUCACAGGCAAUUCAGUUUAUGAAGAAGUUGCGCUCAAUGCAAUCCAUUCAUUGUGGUCACGUCGCUCGGCGAUCGGACUUUUCGGCAACCACAUUGACGUGCAAACAGGACGUUGGACAGCGCUUGACUCGGGAAUCGGUGCGGGCGUAGAUUCAUUCUUUGAGUACUUAGCGAAGGGCUCCAUAAUGCUAAAUCGACCAGAGUUGAUGGAAAUGUUUCACGAAGCACGCGAGCACAUAGACAAGUAUCUCAAGAAAGAAGACUGGUAUGUUUGGGCCAAUAUGAAUAAAGGCCAAAUUACUUUACCUGUUUUUCAAUCACUUGAAGCUUUCUGGCCGGGCAUCUUAAGCCUGUUUGGCGACAUAGCGCCAGCUAUGCGCACAUUAGUCAAAUAUAGCACAGUGUGGCGAAAAUACGGAUUUCUACCGGAAUUCUAUAAUAUACCACUGGGAGACGUUUCGCCAAAUAGAGAAGUUUAUCCUUUGAGACCUGAAUUAAUCGAGUCUGUGAUGUAUUUGUAUCGAGCAACGAAAAAUCAAUUUCUCUUGGAAUUGGGCGAAGACAUAAUGCAGACAAUUGAGUUCAGCGCCAAAACGAAAUGCGGAUACGCUACGAUACGAAAUGUCGUUACUCAUGAAAAGGAGAAUCGAAUGGAGUCGUUCUACCUCGCAGAAACCACGAAAUACCUCUAUCUACUCUUCGACGAGCAUAAUUUUCUACACAACGACGGUGCUGUGGGCGAUCGUUUGCAAACUCCGAAUGGUGAAUGUACGGUAAAUGCCGGUUCCUAUAUAUUUAACACGGAGGCACAUCCAAUCGACAUGUCUGCGUUGUACUGCUGCCAUGACAUACAUGAGGACAUUUUCGAUGAACUGAAUAUUAGUAGAUUUAGUGAUGCCAAUUUGCUUACAACAGAGCGCGAACGACUAGUAGCUGAGCGUGAGAUAAAUGAGGCAUAUACUUGUCAUACAACGCCAAGCUUAACGGAUAUACAAGCACAAACAGUUAAGACACCUACCGGCGAAAGCAAACCGAAGUCUGUAUCCAUCGCGCCAGUUGACAUAGACGUGUUCGAUGAAUAUGAUAAUCCGGCUGGUGAAACGUUGGUGGAGAAUUUUGAGCGCAUAAAAAGUGCACGUAAAGUGAGACAGGAACCCAUCGGCACAGCUGAAGCUGUUGAAGAACAAUCAUCCAUAGCAGUCAACCAUCUGACGGUGACAGAUUUGAACGAGUUCUUUGCUAUGAGUCGCGAAGAGUUCUUACAUCCCGAACUCGCGCUGCACUAUGUGCUCGGCUUUAUGCGCAAUUUUACGCUGGACGCACCAUUCAUAUCGGGGCUUCAGCUGCUGCACAAAAAUAUCACAGCCAUAUUGGGCGCAGUGGUGCAAAAGGAGUAUGAAAGUCGGACGCGCACACUGUGGGAGCUCUAUGAGCUGCAGCAACAGUACUUAGCAAACAUUGAAUUGAUCACACGUCUCGAUAUACUCGCCUUCCGUGAUACCGACUUUGCGCUGCUGGAUCGCGUGCUUAGUGCGCUCAAUCACAGCGGCAGUGAUGAGCUAGAAUUGAGCGAUGAUGGUGAAAAUGUUUCGUUACGCGUAAUGCUACGUCAGAUGACCUUACUGCAUGCGGACUACCAACAGACGCUGGUCAAUACCACUGCCAUGCAAGAAUUCCUAUUGAAAAUACUGAUAAAUGGCACAAACGAAAAGAAACGCACCUUCACGCCGUUACUGAAUGCAACCGAGAUACUCGCACUCUACGAAGAGGACGAUGCCAAGCCAAUUUACGCACCACAACCGCUAUUUGCGCACGUACGCCGAAUAGUCGAGUUCAAGAAGCGUGUUAUGGAGACUUUUGACCGUUUACAAGCACUCAUGGCCGAAGAUGGUCUUACUAAGCGGCCAAAGCCCGACCACCUAGCUGAUGAAGUGAAUCCUACAACUACUAAACCCCCUCCAAAGGUGGACCAAAACGCGCUGGCAACACAGAAACAAAACAAAAUUGCUAAGCAAACCGAAGAAGAGAGCGGUGGCAGCGAAUCUGUGUGGUCACAGUUGGUGCACACGAUUUUGCGUAAAACCACCAAUCAGCGCUACCAAUUCGAUGAGGCGCUGCUGCACGAGAAGGUGCGCAUAUCGCUGCAAAGUUACCCCAAAUUCCAAAGGCUCAAUACAACGGCAAAAGUGAAAACGCGCUGCGGCUAUGAAGUCUUCACCUGUGACACACCGAAUUUUGUUGAUAAGUUCGCCUAUCGUGAAUACCAUCCAUAGCACUGCUCUGUACAUUCCAUCAUUGUUGUCAGCAUCGGCUUAACGGUGAAUUAUUGUAUUAUAGUAGUCAUACAACCUGAAGACUUGCAACGAAAUUUAAGCUAAUCUCCUAUGAAAUCGGAAAGGUUUUGGCACACCUCAAAGAAAUGCUCGCUUUAAAACACUGAGUGGCACUAGCUCCUCAAACUCUAAUAUUGUAGUUAUUUGUUUAAAGUUAUUCUUAAAGAAAUAUGUAUUUUAUUUACUUUUUUAACUGAAUCAGGUUUAGUGUAAUUCAAUUGCAAUAAAAUGGUUUCAACUAUUGAAAUUAAAAACUAAAA